UUUAAAAUUAGCUGCGGGUUUCGAUUAUAUAUUGUCACAACUGCGUAUUAGAUGUAUUUUCUGCAUUCUUCCUUUCUAGUUUACCCCCAUGCAAGACCCCCAUGUUUUAUUCUCUGACAUCCCACUUUUUUGGGGAUAAUAACAGCCGCUCUCAAGCACUGAGUGCCAGGGAGCUGCAGAUUCACUGCAGCCAUGGCAGGGAAUCUAGCCAAGGCAAUAGCAUCUGGCUCCCUGAACCUCUCCAAGACCCUCCUCAAUGGGAAGUCACCAGCCAUUCUUGCCAGCCCGGUGCGCGGCGCCAAGCGCUGGUACCCGGACGCCGCGUUCAUGAAGCCGUUUGAGGGCACCGUCAUCACCACCGGUGCAGAAGACGAGGUGGCCUGGCGCCGGCCCGACUUCAACCGGCACGUCUCGCCGGAGGUGAAGAAGAUCCACAUGAUGCAGCUCAACUUCGGACCGCAGCACCCGGCGGCUCACGGCGUGCUGCGGCUGGUGCUGCAGCUCGAGGGAGAGACCGUACUGCGCGCCGACCCUCACAUCGGUCUGCUGCACCGCGGCACAGAGAAGCUCAUCGAGUAUAAGACGUACACGCAGGCGCUGCCCUACUUCGACCGGCUCGACUACGUCUCGAUGAUGUGUAACGAGCAGGCCUACUCGCUGGCCGUUGAGAAACUGCUCGGUAUCGACGUGCCCGAACGUGCCAAGUGGAUCCGCACGAUGUUCGCCGAGAUCACGCGUCUGCUGAACCACAUCAUGGGCAUCUGCACUCACAUCCUUGACAUCGGCGCGCUGUCGCCCUUCUUCUGGAUGUUCGAGGAGCGCGAGAAGAUGAUGGAGUUCUACGAACGCGUCUCUGGAGCGCGUAUGCACGCGGCCUACAUCCGACCGGGCGGUGUGUCGCAGGACAUUCCGAUCGGCCUGCUUGACGACAUCCACGACUUCCUCUCCAAGUUCAACGAGCGCAUCGACGAGCUGGAGGACGUGGUGACCAACAACCGUCUGUGGGUGCAGCGCACCGUCGGUAUCGGCACCGUCACCGCCGAGGACGCGCUCAACUGGGGAUUCAGCGGAGUGAUGCUGCGAGGCUCCGGCAUCGAGUGGGACCUGCGCAAGUCGCAGCCGUACGACGCCUACGACAAGGUCGACUUCGACAUCCCCAUCGGCAUCAACGGCGACACUUACGACAGGUACCUGUGUCGCCUGGAGGAGAUGCGUCAGUCGGUGCGUAUCAUCGAGCAGUGUCUGAACAAGAUGCCGCCGGGCGAGAUCAAGGUCGACGACCACAAGGUGGUGCCGCCCAGCCGGGCCGAGAUGAAGGAGUCGAUGGAGGCGCUGAUCCACCACUUCAAGCUGUACACGCAGGGCUACUCGGUACCCCCGGGCGCCACCUACACGGCCGUCGAGGCGCCCAAGGGAGAGUUCGGCGUGUACCUGGUGUCGGACGGCACCAACAAACCCUACAGGUGUAAGAUCAAGGCGCCCGGCUUCGUCCACCUGUCCGCCAUGGAUCACAUCGGCAAGAACCACAUGCUGGCCGACAUCGUAGCCAUCAUCGGAACCCUGGACGUGGUGUUCGGUGAGGUGGACCGCUGAGGAGGGUCGGCCCCAUGAGCUGUACAUGUAUACGGCCCAGUAGACGGGUGAUGUGUGACGACAAGAGGGCAGAAGGGCGCGCAUUCGCGUCUCGAGGGCCGGCCGGUGCCAGCUGUACAGAGUGGGCACCGCCGCUGCCGCGAGAGACUUUUGUCUGUGUCUGCCUCCGAUCGUGUGGGAAUAAACUAUGGACGGAUCGGUA